AUGUCCAUGCGCCUAAGUUGCGUUGCCUUGCUUGUCCUGUUUUCCGGCUGUGCCCAAGUCGCUCAGCAGACAACAGUAGACCAGCUGCGCCUGGAACUUGCCCAGAUUCAGAACAGCCUGGAUGAUGCCGGCACUCAAGCGACCGCCCUGUUUGCCGAACAGUCUCUGAAUACCGAAGACCUCAGCACUCAACUGGCAAGCCUGAAUGAAACCGUUUCCCGGCUGGAUGACACAGUCAGCACCUCGUGCCCUGAAAAAGCUGAGCGUGUUGUUGUUCAACGCUGCGAUCCGGUAAACACCACAUCCGUGGUAGUCGCCACCGAAGGUAAGAUGGUGCUGGGUGAACUGGAACGUGUAUGGGUUGAUCCACCCGGACUGCAGAUGAUCGCACGUAUUGACACCGGCGCCAGUUCCAGCUCUCUACACGCCGACAACAUUACCCCAUUCGAACGCGACGGCGAUGACUGGGUGCGCUUCAACAUCAACAAUUCAGAUAAAGAAAGCGUCACUAUUGAACAACCGGUGACAAAAUACGUACGCGUUUUUCAACAGGCGGAUAAAAGCGGUUCACGACGACCCGUGGUUGAACUGAGGUUGGUGCUUGGCGAUGUUCGCGACACAUUCAGCUUCACCCUCGCUGAUCGCAGCCACUUGGAACAGGACAUGAUUCUGGGUCGUAACUUCCUCACAGAUAUGGCGUUAGUUGAUGUCAGCAAGCAGUACGUACAACCCCCGUUCAAGCCUGUUGCUGUAACGGUUGAAGCCCGAAUUGAAUUUGACGCCCGAGGCGGCGCUGCGCAGGUUUACCUGACGCUGCCCCCUGACCAGCAGGGGUUUGCAAUGGUCAGCGAAGCCACGGCUUCCUCUGGCUGGGGGUUUGCCAUUGAAGGUGACCAGAUCCAGCGCCGGGCACACUGGACGCAACGCGCCCCACAAGGUCGCCAGGUGCUUUUUUACAAACUUGAUCUUGCGGUCAGUGACGCAGACACCUGGGAGUUGCCUCCGCCUGAGCCCAGCGGCACGAUCAUCUGGGAUGAACCCUAUCAGACGGCAGUGAGCCACGUACUCGAUACCAUUCUGCCGAUCACCGCCGACCCGCACACCAUGGCGUUGCAGCUGAUCAAAACCAUCACCCGUCAGCCACCAGAUCAGAAUGUAUCUCUGCUGACCUCUGCUUAUGCCGGCGCCGACCUCCUGCAACGGGUACUGCAGACCGCAGGCAUUAAUGCACGUGCGGUACAGGUGCUGGAACUUGAAGACGGCAGGCGCCGUCAAUCGCUGGCUGACUAUCUACAGGUAUGGGACGGACAACAGUGGCGUCUGUACGACCCAGCUGUUGGCGAAGUGACUAAAUCAACAGAAUUACUUUUGUGGCAAACCGGCACACCAGGCGUACUGGAGGUGCUCGGUGGCACUAACAGCCGGGUGUCGUUUUCGAUGAUCAGUCAGUCUCGCUCAUCGCUGCUGCUGGCGCAGGAGCAGGCCGACGAUCUGGCUUUGUCGCUGUACAACCUGCCGAUCGCCGAACAGAGUAUGUUCAAACUGAUCAUGCUGCUACCCGUUGGCGCAUUUGUCGUGGUACUGCUGCGUGUUCUGAUUGGUAUACGCACAUCCGGGACGUUCAUGCCGGUAUUAAUCGCGCUGGCUUUUCUGCAGACAGAACUGAUCCCCGGGCUUACCAGCUUCAUUAUUGUUGUGGGUAUCGGCCUGUCUAUCCGAUCCUAUCUUUCCACGCUGAAUUUAUUACUGGUGGCACGCAUAGCCACGCUGGUGGUGCUGGUCAUCGCUAUCAUUUCACUCUUCAGUAUCGUCAGCUACCGACUCGGCUUGAUUCAGGGUCUGACCAUAACGUUUUUCCCGAUGAUCAUCCUUGCCUGGACCAUCGAACGCAUGUCUAUCACCUGGGAGGAAGAAGGCCCUAAAGAAGUGCUUCUACAGGGCGGUGGCAGUCUGUUCGUGGCUGUAUUGGCUUUCCUGUUAAUGGAUAUGGCGGUGAUCGAACACCUGGCUUUCAACUUUCCGGAGCUGCACCUUGUGCUGCUGGGUUUCAUUCUGCUGGCCGGACGCUAUACAGGUUAUCGCCUGCUGGAACUCAAACGCUUCAGCGCUCCAUUUGAACUCAAGCGUCGCGGCAUCCUCGGUAUGAACCGACGUAACAUUUCAUAUAUCAGCCGCUACAAUAAUCGAAGGCAAUUCCCCCUCGUCGACAACAAACUGAAAACCAAGCUGGUUGCAGAGGAAGCUGGGCUCGCGGUUCCAAAACUGAUUGAUAUCGUUGCCACUCAGCAUGAAGUUGAAAGCGUCGAACGAAACUUGAAAGGCCUGGAUUCAUUUGUCGUCAAACCCGCCCAGGGCAGUGGCGGCAAAGGCAUUCUGGUGGUGGUUGGUCAGGAAGAUGGCCAAUACCGGAAAGCCAGCGGCGACCUUAUUUCUCUGGCCGCCGUCAAACGUCACCUGACCAACACACUUAGUGGCCUGCAUUCGCUGGGCGGAAGAAACGAUGUAGCGAUUCUGGAAACCCUCGUGCGCGUGGACCCGGUCUUCUCUUCGUUCAGUCAUGAGGGUGUGCCGGACAUUCGUCUGAUUGUUUUUCAGGGCAUACCCGUGAUGGGCAUGUUGCGCCUGGCUACACGCGCAUCAGAUGGCAAAGCCAAUUUGCACCAGGGUGCCAUCGGCGUUGGUCUUGAUAUUGCGACGGGCCGAGGCAUCCAAGCUGUACUGCAUAACAAACUCGUUACUCAUCACCCGGACACCGGCGCCGACCUCUCUACAUUGACCGUGCCCAAUUGGCCUGCGCUGUUAAGGCUUGCAGCUGAAUGUUAUGAAGUGACCGAGCUAGGCUAUCUGGGCUGUGACAUUGUCAUCGAUCGCGAUCGGGGGCCGUUGAUACUUGAGCUGAACGCCCGGCCGGGCUUAUCGAUUCAACUGGCUAACAACAGUGGUUUACUGCCCCGACUGCAGCACGUGGAGGCCACCAAUACCAAAAAAAUGCGCAUCGCAGAUCGACUGCAGUUCGCCAUCGAAAACUUCAAACACGACGAUACCUGGGAAACCCUACCCGCCUUCUAG